AAUUCAGCUGGCCUUUAAAAUAAUAAUACAGUCUGGUAAAUUAUUUGUUGUCCACUACGGUCUAAAAGUCUUCCUGAUCAGUGAUCUUAAACGCGAUAGCUGCUUUUUAGAAAAAGGGAAAACAAGAAAAGUUGAUAAAGAUAAAUCUAAUGGGAGAGAAUCCAGAAACCCAGUACUGAUCAGUGCCAGUUCCGAGAGCAAAACAUUUUGAAAUUGAGUGCUUUCGAGACACAUCAUAUCAAAAUUUAAAAAUGGCGUAUUUUAUUGGCGAUCCCAUGGAGCGAAACUACUACUUCAGGGACCAAGUUGCCUACACAGAGGAUCAUAUUCCAGUGAGGAAACUACGUUGGUGCGAUGCUCCACCGCAGCUUUACGAGAGAACUUUGUACGCCCACUUCAGGUCAUUUGGGCACAUACUUGAAAUCCACAUAACUAGGCCCGGAAAUGGAGCCCCUCCUUUUCAAAGUGGUCAUGUGAUCUACGCCCAAGCCACGGAUGCAGCCCAAGCUCUGCGAGCCAAUGGCUACAAUGUGUUCAUGGUGGAGGCCAGCGAUAGUUGGGAGCAACCUGAUGCCUAUGGAACUCCUAGGGAACUAAUGCUCCGCCAAGAAUCGAUGCUCUUUUCGAGGCUCAAUGACGACUGCCUGGGGCACAUAGUGAUAGAACUAGGAUUGCAAGAUCAAGUGCGCUUCGGCAGGACCUGUCCGCGCUUCAGAGCGAUCUUGGAGAGAACCGCCUCCAGGCUGCACUCUUCACUGGACUUGGGUGAAUUCAGGACCAUGACCGUGUGGGACAUGCGUGACUUUUUCCAAAUGUUCGGCUUACGUGUGCAGGUCCUCCACGGGAAAUUUGAAACGGACCACAUGGAGCGUUUCGCUGAAUUCAUAGGGGAAUAUUGUGUCAAUUUGAAGUCCAUGCAAGUGGUGUGCAGCCCCCAAUUCGGACUCCAUAUGCACACCAUAUUCGCCAGGACCCACCAGCUGGUGGAGUUGAAGCUACAUAACUGCGAAAUAGCGGACGAACCUCUCUUGGAACUGCAACACCUGGUAAACUUGAAGAAAUUGAACUUGAGCUGGAACCUACUCACGGGGCGCACUUUGGAUAGACUACCGCCCUCCAUCGAAGUGUUGGAUCUUAAUGGUUGCCAGGGCCUAGAAACCCAAUACAUUCCGGGCUUUUGCGGAAACCUACCCAAUCUCAAAGAGCUGAACAUACAGAACAUUAAUACAUCGCCCAGAAAGGUUUUUCUCUUCCUGGUAAUGGAGAAUUCUUGUCCUUCGCUGGAGGUGCUAAGGGUGUCGGCCCAUCCAUGGACCACUUAUGACUUUGUGCCCAGUCUGCCAAGUCUAAAGCACCUGACCAUCUACAGUGGUGUCGCAAAUGACGGAGCAUUCAGGGACUUGUUGUGUAGUCGUCUUAUAGGUGGGCUCGUGGAGCAGAAGUCCGCGCAGCUGGAGCAAUUGGAAAUGUUUGGAUUCGAGUCGGUACCCAUUCAGCAACUUGGACAAAUUGCCAGGCUCAAAGGCCUUCGUGAGCUUAUUAUGCCAGAUACGGAUUUUCCCGACGCUUUGCUGAGGCAUUUACCAAACCUCAAUCGAUUGGAAAAGAUCUGCUUUAGGCCCUUGAGCGCCCAUGAAAACAUGAUACUAUAUCUGUUUUUGUGCUGUUCCAAACUGAACUAUAUUCGCCUGGAAAAACACACCCAUUUUAACAUCAAUCUGGUAGGAGGAAUAGUGGCCAAAGUGCGGUGGGAGAUAGCCACAAACGUGGUUCAGAGGAGGCUACCUAUCGAACUCUGGGUAUCUAUGAAGAACGAGCAAAUAAAUGAGUUCAAAGUGGCAAAUCCUGACGUUGUGCCUGAAGAUAUCAUUCAAAUAAGGUGCACGGACGAUCAUAACUUGCGCCAAGAUACAGGGAUAGAACUAUUCGAGCAGUGAUGAUAAUCGAACACCAUGUUUUUUAUCCUUUUAUACCCAUUAUAUUUUAUGUUUUUUUAUCCCUUAUACCCACUAUAUUUUAUAUGCACAUAAUCGACUUUAUAUAAAAAAUUUCAAUAAAUGAGUUCGAAUUGGCAGUCAGAACUCUAUACUUUUGGAUGUUUAA